CUGAGUGACAACUGUCCUAGCGUCUGUGACAGGGCUCCGCACGCUGCGUGCGCUACGCGCGCUGCGCUCGACGCGCGCGAAACGCCGCCGUCCGCGCCGCAAUUCAAACGCACCCGACGACACGAACUUCCCUCGGUUGGACGCCUGUGCGCACCGCCGCCGCGCACCCGCGCGCCGCCACGUGGCCUCGCGAAGCGGUAAAGCGCGCGCGCGACAUUCAAAACGAGCGACGCCUCCCCGCCGCGCCGACCGCUUGCCGCUCCGCAGGCCCCUCAGCGAGCGCGACCGCACGAUGUUUGCGGACGACGACAUGCAGGUCGUGAAGCGCAACGGCAAGAAGGAGACCGUGCGCUACGACAAGAUCACGAGCCGCAUCAAGAAGCUCUGCUACGGUUUCGACGCCAAGUACAUCAAGCCGAACCAGAUCACGCAGAAGGUGAUCCAGGGCGUCUACGACGGCGUGACGACGCACGAGCUCGACGAGCUCGCGGCGCAGACGACGGCCUACAUGGCGACGCAGCACCCCGACUUCUCCGUGCUCGCCGCGCGCAUCUCCGUGUCGAACCUCCACAAGUCGACGGACAAGACGUUCUCCGACGUCGUCGAGAAGCUCCACAAGCACGUGCACCCCAAGACGAAGAAGCCCGCGGCGCUCAUCUCCGACGAGACCUACGCCACGGUGCAGAAGCACAAGGACGCGAUCAACGCGGCCAUCGUCUACGACCGCGACUUCGAGUACGACUACUUCGGCUUCAAGACGCUCGAGCGGAGCUACCUCAUGCGCCUGGACGGCGCGAUCGCGGAGCGGCCUCAGCACAUGAUCAUGCGCGUCGCGCUCGGCAUCCACGGCGAUGACCUGGCGGGCGCGUUCGAGACCUACGAGAUGAUGUCGCAGAAGAUGUUCACGCACGCGACGCCGACGCUCUUCAAUGCCGGCACGCCGCGGCCGCAGUUGUCUAGCUGCUUCCUACUCGCCAUGAAGGAGGACUCCAUCGAGGGCAUCUACGACACGCUCAAGCGCUGCGCGGCCAUCUCCAAGUACGCGGGCGGCAUCGGCCUGUCGGUCCACAAUAUCCGCGCGACGGACUCCUACAUCUGCGGGUCGAAUGGCACGUCGAACGGCAUCGUGCCCAUGCUCCGCGUCUACAACGAUACUGCGCGUUACGUGGACCAGGGCGGCCGCAGGCGCAAGGGCUCCUUCGCCAUCUACCUCGAGCCCUGGCACGCGGACAUCGAGAUGUGGCUCGACCUGAAGAAGAACCAUGGCAACGAGCUAGAGCGUGCGCGCGACCUUUUCUAUGGCCUCUGGAUCCCGGACCUGUUCAUGAAGCGCGUCGAGGCCAACGGCUUCUGGUCCCUCAUGUGCCCCAACGAGUGCCCGGGCCUCGCGGACUGCCACGGCGCCAAGUUCGAGGCGCUCUACGAGCGCUAUGAGGCCGAGGGCUGCGCGCGCAAGGCCAUCCCCGCGCAGCAGCUCUGGUUCGCCAUCCUCGACAGCCAGGUCGAGACGGGCACGCCCUACAUGCUCUACAAGGACGCCUGCAACGGCAAGUCGAACCAGAAGCAUUUGGGGACGAUCAAGUCGUCGAACCUGUGCACGGAGAUCGUCGAGUACACGGCGCCCGACGAGAUCGCGGUCUGCAACCUGGCGUCCAUCAACCUAGGGUCCGAGGUCUCGGGUGCAACCCACAACAGCAAGCGACUCGGCCGGCGGAGGUUCGAGGUCUCGGGCGCAACCCACAACAGCAAGCGACUCGGGCGGCGGAGGUUCGAUUACUCGCGCGGGCCCGUCCGCGGCGACACUCGGAGACCUGUGACGGGGGGCGCCUCGGGGUGGGGGGCGCUUAUCCGGGGCCCUAGCCUAGGCCCGGUAAGGGUCGCAGAGACCUGUGGCCGGGCGGAGGCGUGUGACGCCUACUUAGUAGGCGCCUCGUGGUGCUCCAAAGUGUCUCGUGCCUGA